AUGGUGGCCACUGGGGAAGAUGAAGAACGUGGUGGUGAUGAGGAAGGAGAGGAAGAGAAGAAUGUGAUUUUGAAUGAAAGAGGGAAUUUCAGUGUUUCUUUUAUCAAAAUAUCAGCACAAGAAAAUUCAUCUAUGACUCCACCAUCCAAGAACAUUCAGUCAACUACAGGAUACAGACCCCCAUUCUGUAGACAUGGCCUGUAGUUUUUGUUCCUAGCACAAGAAAAUUCAUCUAUGACUCCACCAUCCAAGAACAUUCAGUCAACUACAGUUUCCAGUGAUUCAACCAUUACUAUAAGCAGUAGUACAAAUGUCUCAGCAGGGAAAACUGAAUCACUGCCAGGGAGUUCUGUGACGGCAGCAUCAGACUCCACUAGGAUGACGGCUGGCUCCCACUGGACAUCAACAUUAACACCAAGUCAUGGCAGUCCUGGUAGCAAUGACAAACAAGCGGUUAAUGACCAGUAUUCCAGUAUUAUUUUGCCAGUUGUGAUUGCCUUGAUAGUAAUAACCCUUUCUGUGUUCAUUCUGGUGGCUUUGUACAGAAUGUGCAGGAGGACAACCACAGAGGGACAAGAGAAUGGAACUGAACAAGCCACAACAGAUAAAGAGGGUGUCAAACUUCUUUCUGUAAAGACAACUUCUCCUGAGACUGGUGAGCACUCCUCUCAGGGAAAGAAUAGAACUCACCAACAUGAUGAAUCCUCCUCACACCUGGGCAAUAAAUAUCAAUUUGCCUAUCAAGAGCUGCCCCAUCAUCCUCUGAGAGCUGAGGCAUUUUCAUACUUCUCAAAUAUCUACUUAUAA